UCAAUCCAGCCACACUCUGCUAAGAAAUCGAGACGGUCCAUCCAGGCACAAGCACAAGCACAAGUAGCUUUGCUUCAGAGCAAAAAAUGGCAGUGUUUGCAGUACUAUUCCUUAUACUACUGGUAUGGAUGGCAGUAGCAGAUGCAGCAUCGCAUCGAUAUCGAACACCGGGCUGCCGGCGACAGUGCGGCAACGUGACCGUCCCUUACCCCUUCGGAGUCGGGGCGCGCUGCCACCACGGUGAGGACCGCGGAUUCCAGCUGGAGUGCGACGACAGCCGCCACCCUCCGCGUCUGACCGUGGCCGGCUACGGCCACGAGGUGGUCUCUAUCUCGCUCGCCGCCGCGGAGGCCACCGUGCUGCUCAACGCGAGCCGCGCCUGCUACUCCUCCGUCUCCGGCCACGUUCUUGGCCGUCGUCGGGAGUACCCCAUGGCCCUCAACGGUAGCGCCUUCCUCUUCUCCUCCAUGAAGAGCAAAUUUGUGGCGAUCGGCUGCCCGGACCUGGCCUACUUCGUGGACGACGGAGGGUACUACGUCACCGGGUGCAUGUCGGUGUGCCGGCCGUCUGCGCGCGCGCUUCCCGGGUCGUGCCGGGGAGACGACGGGUGCUGCCAGAGCAACAUCCCGCUGGGGCUGGACUCGUACCGGCCGUACAUCAGAAGCUUCGGUCGCCGCCAGCAGCAGCAGCAAGGGACGUUCAUGGCUAACUCCACGGGCUGCGCCUACGCCUUCAUGGUGGACGCGUUGUGGUUUUGGUAUGCCGGUUCUCACUUCAACAGAACGGGGGACUUCGCGGUGCCCGUCGUGUUGGACUGGGCUAUCAGGGCCGCCGGGACCUCCUGCGCCACCGCGCGGGAAAACGCCACCGCUUACGCGUGCCGGAGCAAGCGGAGCGUCUGCCUCGACUCGAGCAACGGUCCGGGGUACAUCUGCAACUGCACCGGCGGGUACGAGGGAAACCCCUAUGUCCUCGGCGGCUGCAAAGAUGUGGAUGAAUGCGCGCACAAGGAUUUGUACCCGUGCUAUGGUGUGUGUAUCAACACGCCAGGAGGCUACCUCUGCACAUGUCCCAAGGGAUCGAGUGGAAACGCUACUGUGCUAGAUGGUUGUCACCAAAAAGACAAUUUCACAACACUGUUGAAAGCCGUCACAGGUGUAAGCAUAAGCGUGUUCCUGGUGAUCCUGGUGUGCUUCUCCGCGCUCCUGGGUGUUCAGAAGAGGAGGAUGCUCAGAGCAAAGCAGAGGUUCUUCGAGCAGAACGGUGGCCUCCUCCUUCAGCAGCAGCUGGGUUCGCUGGCCAGCUCCGGCGUGGCAUUCAACAUCUUCUCCGAGGAGGAGAUCAAGAGGGCCACCGGCAACUUCGACGAGGCGCGGGUCCUCGGCCGAGGAGGCAACGGCGUUGUGUACAGGGGCGUCAUCGCCGACGGCUCCACCGUUGCCAUCAAGAAGUCCAGGGUGGUCGACGAGAAGCAGCUCAAGGAGUUCUCCAAGGAGAUGCUCAUACUCUCGCAGAUCAACCACAGGAACGUCGUGAAGCUGCUCGGAUGCUGCCUCGAGGUCGAGGUGCCCAUGCUGGUCUACGAGUACGUUCCCAACGGCAGCCUCCACCGCUACAUCCACGGCGACGGCAAGAGCAAGGCGCUCAUGCCACCGGGUGAGCGACUUCGCAUUGCCGCCGAGUCAGCGCACGCGCUCGCCUACAUGCACUCAUCCGCCUCGCCCCCGAUCCUGCACGGCGAUGUCAAGUCGGCAAACAUCCUGCUCGACGGCGACCUCACAGCCAAGGUGUCCGACUUCGGCGCGUCAAGGCUCGCGCCCGUCGACGAGGCCCAGGUGGCAACACUUGUCCAGGGAACCUGUGGGUAUCUCGACCCAGAGUAUCUGCUGACGUGCCAGCUGACCUGCAAGAGCGACGUGUACAGUUUCGCAGUGGUGCUGCUGGAGCUCCUCACCGGGAGGAAGGCGUUCUGCCCGUACGGCCCUGAAGAGGAUGACACCAGCCUCGCCUUCUCCUUCGUCACGGCUGUGCAGGAGGGACGGCACCGGGAGAUCAUGGACGGACAUGUCAGGGACGAACUCGGGGUCCAGUUACUAGACGAGGCCGCGGAGCUGGUUAUACGGUGCCUGAGCUUGACGGGCGAAGAUAGGCCGGCCAUGACGGAAGUUGCCGACAAGAUCGAAAGGUUCAGAAGCUAUGCAUGCAGAAAUCCAACCGUAUUCGUAUAACAGAUCGACAAACGAGUGAUGCUAUACGUACGAUAAUCCAUGUCCGAUGUGUGUACAACGUGCAUCAUCAAACCAUUCACAAGUGAAGCUAACCACAGGAUUAAUCAUCGGACAGAGAUCGGACAUGUAUUGUGGUAUGUGUUAGAAUAUAUAACUGUAUUGUAUUUGUAUAGAUAUACGGUUGUAUAUGUGUAGUCCUUGUAUAUAUGUCCGUGUCUUGUAUGAUAUGAACUCUGCCUUGUAAUCUCUAUAUAUUGAUCAAUACAAGGCACCACAAUGUGUGGUUUUCAUAA